CAUAACAGGUGACAUUGCUGUAAUGUGGCAGCACCAGUGGGGAUUGCUGAGGGCGAUCACUGACACGUGACAAAUGACUAUAAAGUGGUCACGUUACUGCUGAGCACACUUAUAUUAAUAAUACUGAGUGGUUGAUUCGUCCCCGGAACCUUCUCCACGUCUUUGUUUCUACAGGGACUGGGAUAUUGUAGCGCAGUUUCCAUGGUAACAGUGCCGCUUGUCAGUGCUGAAGCUUCCGGUCUUUGAAAGUUAUGCAACGUAUGGCUGUACUCCGGGGUUUUUUGUCCCUGUCCAGUGUCCGGUUACCCCAGCACCCCUCGCUCCGCCGACUGCUGAGCUAUGUGCAGGGUCAGAGCCCCGAGCCCCGCAUACGGGAGUAUUUCUACUACAUCGACCACCAAGGACAGCUUUUCCUAGACGAUACUAAAGUAAAGAAUUUCAUCACCUGUUUUAAAGAUAAGCAGUUCCUUGUAUUUUUCUUCAAGCAAGUGAGAAAAAACCAAACUGGCCGAUAUGAGGACUUCCCGUACAUAUCACCCUGUGGUAGGGAGAGGAAUUUUAUUCGAUGUGAUGACCGUCCCAUUGUGUUCACUCAUCUCCUGUCUGACCCAAGCAUUGAAAUCCAGCACCUCUCCUAUUGUGGGGGAGGAGAUAAACUUGCUGUGAGAUUUGAGCCAGAGAAACUUUUGAUGCUGCCAGAGAACGGACGGGUGUACCACCCAGCCCCUGAUAAAUGUGGCAGUGUAGGACUUGUGAAGUCAUCUCUUGCUUUUGAGCUUAGUCCAUUCUUUGAAUAUAGCUCUAAUAAUACUACUGGUGACCCUCCGACUCAUUUUCAUUGGAACAACAAACGUUACACCCUCACCAAUGAGCUGAUACAGCUCCUCCUCACCUGAGGUAAACAAGCUCUUCGUUUUAUCUCAGUUUUGCCAGCUUAAGCACUUGCAUAGUGAAUACUGCACAAUGAGAGACAGCUGAGAAGACCAUCAAGGCAACAAAUCUGUACUAAAUGACAUUUGUGGCACUUGAUUUGGUAGUGUCUACCCAACUGUUCUGCUUAUGAAGGGGUUGAUUUGUAAGUGUGAUGCUCUGAAUUAUCUCACUGCUUCCUGGCAGGUGACCUUGUGAGCUCUCAAUAAAGCAGAGUAUUUAUAUAUUACAAUUAAAAGUCUGAUAGUCAUAUAGCAGUGUGCCCAUAACACGAAGCCGCAUUAAUGGAUAAAAAGUACUUAAAGGGCCAUAAUACCCAA